AUGUAUAUCAAAGAUUUAGCCGAGAGAGCUUCUUUCAUCGAUAAUGUCAAAUCCACUGCUCAAUCAUUCGAACAUUGGGAUACUUGUAUGGCCAAUAGAACUUGUAAGAUAGUGGCUAUAGUCGGUAUCUGUUUAGCUGGACUUUUCGUUCUUUGGUUAGUAUUUGCCUUUGUCCAAUGUCUUUGUUUGGGUGCUACUUGUAUUGAAGCUUUAUGCUGUUGUUGUUGUGGGGGAUGUUGUAGACCAAAACAACAACAAGUUUAUGCACCACCUCCUCAACAACCUCAACCCAUGUAUAAUCCAAAUAUGUAUCCUCCAGAUCAUCGUUAUAACAUGCAAAUGAGAGAAGCUCAAAAUCCAGUAUAUAAUAAAGUACCAGAACCAGCUUAUAAUGGAGAAUAUAAUAGUGAAUAUAAUGGAGAAUACGAUAGAGAACCAGUCUAUAGAGUAGUAAAGAUGUAA